AUGUGCAAAUAUCAUGGCACGCAAGGUCAAAAGACCAAGGAUUGCAGGCAAUUAAGAGAGGAGGUAUCCCGUCUAUUCAACGAGGUCCACCUUCGAGAGUUCCUUAUCGAUCGAUCCAAAAAUCAUUUCAGAGACAGAGACGUUAACAGGAAAAAUGAACAGGAGGAACCACAGCAUGCUAUUCAUAUGAUCGUCGGCGGGCUCGAUAUUCCACAAGGGCCCGUAUCCAAACACACUAAGGUAUCAAUUACUAGGGAGAAGCGGACCCGGGAUUAUGGUCCCGAGGGCUCCUUAUCAUUCAAUGAUGAAGAAGCAGAAGGCAUUUCUCAACCACACAAUGACGCUCUGGUAAUUUCUAUCUUACUAAAUAAAGUUCAAGUUAAGCAUGUUUUAGUAGAUCCAGGUAGUUCGGCGAAUAUCAUUCGCUCGAGGGUCUUGGAGCAACUCGGCCUACAAGAUCAGACUGUGCCCACAGCACGAGUCUUAAAUUACUUCAACAUGGCCAGUGAAACAACUAAAUGGGAGACUACCCUAACGGUGAACGUGGCUGGAACCAUUCAAGAUACCAAGUUCCACGUGAUCGAGGGCGACAUGAGAUACCACGCCCUACUCGGAAUGCCCUGGAUUCACAAAAUGAGAGCAGUCCCUCGAACCUUUAUUGUUCCCGAAGACUCUCACGUUACCAAGUCAACAAUCGAGGUGCUAGAACAGCUUAUAUUGAUCGAGUACCUGCCCGAGCGAAAGGUAUACCUGGGAAUGGUGUUAACCCCGAGCUCAGGAAAAAGCUUAUUCAGUAUCUUAGCGAUAACAUGGAUUUUUUUGCUUGGUCCCAUUUAG